AUGAUGAAGCGCACCACAACACUCGUCACGGGCGGUCGACGAUUUGCUGGCCUUCAAUCUCCUGUGGUGCCUUUCGCCUGGGCUGGUCGGCAAGCAACAUCGUCAUCUGCAUCGACGCUCCGAUCCGCCCGCCUCUACUCUGCUGAUGCUGACUCGAAGAAGACCGUGCACGUCACCUUCAUCGACAAGGAUGGCACAGAAAUCCCUCUCGAGGCUCCGGUCGGCAAGUCCGUUCUCGAGCUCGCCCACGACAACAAGAUAGACCUUGAAGGAGCGUGCGAGGCCUCGCUUGCCUGCAGUACGUGCCAUGUCAUCCUGGACAAGGAGUACUACGACAAGCUGCCAGCGCCCGUCGAAGAGGAGGAGGACAUGCUCGACCUUGCCUUUGGUCUCACGGAAACGUCUCGUCUCGGGUGCCAGAUCAUCAUCUCUCCCGAGCUGGAAGGCAUCAGGCUCAAGCUGCCACCAGCGACGAGGAACAUGAUGGGUUAG